CAUUGCUGUUACCGUAUUAACGUGGACUAAUUACAUAACGUACUUAACAACUCUGUCAUUGCUAGCAGUGGCAGUAUGACUUUACGGACAUAUACUCGUAGUAAUGUUGUUUUUUUUAAUAAAAAAUACUGAUGUUAUUAGUUGUAAACUGUGGCGCCCUAGUUGUUGAAAAAAGCAUAUAUCUCACGAUUCUACAAUGCAUCAAUCCGUUUUACAGUCUCUAAAUUAUACUUUUCUUAUAAAAGAUUACUUUGGAGUUUGCGAUCAAGCGCAAAGAAGCCCAUAAUUUAUGCCGUUCGUGUAUAGACAGCGGUUUGCACUUUUGCAUGGAUUGUCAAUGAGCAGUGAAUCUUUAUGUAGUUAUAAUACGGGUACUACGUCGAAUUUUGUAUGUUGGAAUAUCCUGUCACAGGCUUUGUUUGGGAAAUUGGGAUGUAGGGUUUCCGUGUACGAUAAUCGGGUAAAACGUUGACUCUUUCUUGGCCAAAUGAAUCGGCUUAAGAAAGCUCUUCGUUUCAAAAAAACGCCGUCAGAUGACCCCGUGAACAUAAUCCGUGUGGCCCAGAGUAAAUCGAGUGUGGACAUCGAGUCCGUGAGUCUCGAAGCGUCAACAGACGAUGAUUUCGACACCGAUGAGGAGCGCAAGCGUAUCCAUCGCCCCGACACUAAGCCGUGGUCCGUACGCACGGUGCGCUCCGUCAGUCCCGAUCCGUACCAUCCACGUCCGCCUCCCUACCGUAAUCUGGUGCUGGUGGUCGUGGCCGACCUGAAUCAGAUCCUGAAUUUCUGUCUGCCGCGCUACAUGGUGGCCCUGCUCAGCAACUACCGUUAUGCCGUCACGGAGAAGCGGAAGGGGGUGGAGUUGGAGCAGUUGGAUCUGUAUCUCGGGCAAAUGCAGGAGUUCUUGGACGCACUGCGCAACAUUCGGGGGGAUGCGUUCGGGGAUAUAGCGGUGCGGACGGGACGGACUAUUGCGCUGUUGGGAUCGAUUGUGGAGGUGGUGGGACGGAAUGCCACGCAGGAUGUCUUUGUGAUGUCGUUCCAGGAGCAGACCAUCAACGGGUUCGAGCAGCGGCAUAUGGAGCUGAUGGGUGUUGAUCCGCGGUUUGUGGAGUAUUUGAGGCAUCCACCGCGGAUAGCGUCGUCUCUGCAAAGCAGACAAUCAGAUCUCAUCACGGUGCAUCCGAGCGAUCCAGUGAAAUUCGUUAACUCACGCAUGCAGACGGACGACACCCCAACAGUCUCCACAUUAUCAUACGUAUCCAGUGUGAAGUUGGCGGAUGCGAGCAUUCAGACCGAUGUGCACUCACCAGUUCCCUCCUUGGCCGGCCGUCGGCGGCGAACGACGCGGGUCGGCGAUGGAUGGCCCUCACCACGGGGUGCUGCCGACGCGGACAAACCCCAGGGGAAUCCUCAUGUCCCACAACUGUACGAACACUACAUGGAGCUCAUCCAAACUGAAGCCGAGGCCCGCAAGGACGUCAAUGACCUUUUACAGAAGAACCAGGAGAUCGAACGGCUAAUGGGCGUCCAGUCAGACCAGUACACACGGGACAUCAACGAGAAGGUUGCGCUGCUGAAAGACAGCCAGGAGCGGCUAGCCUUACUGGAGAACACCAUUGCCGCGUUGGAGAGUCGGCAUGGCGAUAUUGCACAGAAACCGGAGCGGAAAGACAGCAUCAUUCUAUUGCAAGACGUUCUGAAUCUGGUUCGGGAUAAGACGAAGGACUUUUCAGCGAUCUAUGGGCGCGUCACCGACCAGGUGGCUUCCAGGACCAACCAGAUUAACCAGAAGGUGGCUGCUGUUAACGACAAAAUGAAGGCACUAAAAGAAGUGGUAGGUACCCAGAAGAGCGACCUGCGGAGAGUAUUGGAAGAGCUGAUACAGCGGGAUAGGGAGUUGGAGGAAUCCAAGCGCGAGACAACCGAACUGCGCACCGCCCUUCAAGUUAGAGAUGAGAAGUUUCUUGCGGCACAAGCAGACAUCGAUGUAUUGGAGCGGCGAAUCGCCAACUUUGCAUCGCACACCGGAAAAGAGUCUCGUAUCUGGACACUGCUAGCGCAGAACGAAACCCUUAAGCAGACCGUUGCGGAGAAAGACCGGGAAAUCCAGCGUUAUGAAAGUAUGGAAGAGGCUGUAAAAACGUUGGUACGCCGGUCUGACGAGCUGGAAGUGUGCAAGAAAGAACUCGACACCAUAAAAAACCAGAAUAAAGAAUUAAAGGAGAAGGUGGAGAUAUUAGAGAGCGAACGGUUGCCGGAGAAUUCCUCGCCGGAACUGUUUGCCAUCGAGACGAAGAAGAAGAACGAGAUGAUUCGGCAGUUCCAAGCUGGAUUAGCUGCAGCGAUCGCCGAUGGUAAUGAACUACAGUCCGAUGUGCAGGAGCUGAAAGCCCAGAGGAAAUUGCAUAUCGACUCGCUGCGCCGAUACGAAGCAUAUAAGAAGGAAACCGAUGUGAAAUUGGUGGAGAAAGACCGGAUGCUAAGGAUUGCCGAAGACAAGAUUGGCGCACUUCAAACGGAGGUCACCAGUCUACUGAAAUGCCGUGAUCAACUGCAGGAAACCUUGAACAGCUGCGCUAUACUACAGACAUCUGUGUAUCACUUGGAACAACACAUCGUCAUGGUAGAACACGGAAAGCUGCAGAUGACCGAAGAACUGCAGACAGCGCGGCAGAACGCAUCGUUGCGGCAGCAGAGUUUAGUCGAGUGCGAAGAUCGGAUACGGGAGCUGGAGAAGCGUCUGACCAGCACCGAACAACAGAUGGCAUUCCUGGAGCAGAACAGGGGCACGUUGAUGGAGGAGCUGCGGAAGACGAUGGAGAUAUUGGAGACCCGCGACAAGACGAUCGCUCAUUACGACCAUCAGGUGCGGUCACUGGAGGACAGCCUGGCCGAACUGCAGCAGCAGUAUAGCGAAGCGGAAGAUAGUCGGAGCGAUUCGGAGAAGGAGAUCGGUGGUUUAAGAAAGGAGAUGGAAGUGUUACAAAGGAGCGUGAUGGUGCUGAAGAACGAUGUUAAGCAAAAGGAGCAGGAGAUUCAGGAUCUUACGACAAAAUUGGAAGCGGCAAAGAAGAAAGCAGACCAGAGCGACGAUCAGGCAUCAGCCCGAUCCAAGUCAGCCAAAUCCCAUAAGGACCAGUUCGUAGCCGCCAAAAGACGCAUAGCAGAACUGGAAAGUGAACUGUCCUCCCGAAAGCCAAUCCCAUGCGUUGCUCGACAGGAGACGCAAACGGAUCCGAUUCCCAAUGCCCUGAAGCAUGACGUUGGAUGCAUGGCAAUCGAUAACCGCCUUUCCGAGCUAGAGCACAAGAUUACCGACAUGGACAAAAUGAUCAACGAACGCCAGAACGUCAUCCGAACUAUGGAACUGGCCAAGGAAACCAUGCUCCUCCGCAUUUCCGGUUUACAGGGCGAAAACAGUCAGUGUGAAGCGGAGAUAAAAUCCUUGAAAGACAAGCUGACGGUGGUAGCGAAUUCCGCUGAGAGUACCCUGGAAACACAGAGCCAGUUAGCGGAUACGAAGGUACGCGAUGUGCUUAACCGGCUCGCCGUGAAAGGCGAGCAAUUGGACUCCGCCCAGCGAAGUAUUGAAUCAUUACUGAAACGUCAGGAAGAGCUCAACGGGGAAGUUCAACAACUAAGUACUCUGAAGAACCAAGCCGAUCUCCGGAUUGAACAAAUCACGGAUCAGACGUCGCGAGAGAUUGACGAACUGGAGCUGCAGAUAAAGUCCCUUCGCGAACAAGAACUCAAGGUCAAACCGGAAGUUAUUAACGCAGCGACUGUAACAGAGUACUGUGAGAGUUCUGCACUUUGCCAGACCGAGCUCAGCUUCUCCUACGGAUACAAUUUCGAAACCGGACAGGAAAUUCGGAACAAUAUCUUCCUGGAGCACUGCCAGACGAAGGACACGCAGACCAGGUGGCCGCGGAACCCGGCGGAUGCCUGUAUCCAGGCCAACCCGGAAACGCGCUCCUUGGGUGUGCAACCGCACUGCCAUACCCGAUCAUCACGAUCCCAGACGGAUAUUGUCUUAACGGAGGCCCGAAGUAGCCAGGUGGAAGUGACCGAACGACGAACGUAUUCCACUCAGACCAUCUUGAAUGCUAAAUAUUUUCCAUCAUUUGACGAUUCCGAUACGGACGAAGCGUGCCAUGUCAGCAUGGCCACGUCGACCACCGAUGUUCCGUGCUACGAAAUUGUACCGAUAUGCGAGGAUUUCAAGGUGUUCCAGCCAUCGGUGUCCAGCUGCGGGACCAUCGUUAGCGAAGCGACAACGAAAUCUCGAUCUUCGUCCAGUCGUCAUAGCGAAGUGAGGCGUAACAAAGCCGUCGUCGCCAACCUUCCUCAGACGGAACUUCAUGAAGUCUGCAAGUUCCUGUACGACACCUUAGCCAAAAAUGCCAGCGCCGAAGCGGCCAUGGCGCACGUUAGCACCGGCCUGGAUUACGCAUUGUCUCAGGAAGACUUUGAUCAGCAGAUCGGACAGAAUUUCCUGGAAUUAAUUGACGCUUCCGAACCCGUUCGGAGUGCGCUGAUGACUGAAUGGAAAGACGGAUUCUUUACCUUCUACGAAGCAUUCAAAGAGAUGGUCAACGCCGGAAAGAAAGAGCCAGUAAAGGUCAAAAGGAAAUUGGAGAAGCCGUCGUGGCAGCUGGACAAAAGCUGGGAGACGGUGAAUGAUAUCAAGACUAUUACCGAGCUACGGGGAUUUUUCCGGUUGUUUGCAUCACGACGCACGGACCAUCUAGUCAAGGUCGAUGUGCGAGACUUUCGGAUUGAUGGGAAGAAGCCGGUGCUGAAGCGCGGGAAGCUGACGUUAGAAGAAUUCAAGCGUUUGAGUCAGAUGAACGAUUACAUGGUGACGUGCCUGCAUCGGUUGGCGCCGGGGUCCAAAAACCUGGCGAAGAUUUUCUGCCCACAGAUUCCUGCGAUUGAGCGCCUGUCUACUAAGCAAUUUGACGCAGAAUUCGCGCCGUUGGCAAUGAUGUUUGCUAAGAAUUCGAACAAACUGAAGGAGAUCGUGCACCAUGAGGUGUAUGAAGGUUGGGAUGAGCUGUUGGAUUUGUAUGAUAGGCUGUUGAAACGAAAGCUGGAUGAUGUCACAAAAACCGUGAGAAGGCCAAUAAAACACCCAGUUAAGACUGCCGGCGCCAAAGUAGUUCAUAAAUGAAAGGCGGAUUGUUGGUGGGCUUCGGUUACGUGACGCUUCUGAAUACAGGCACUGGGUGUAAACUGUAAUUACAUAAGCAUGGUGGGUUCGGUUUGCCCGAAGUGCUACAGUCUCAGCUUAUGGUUAAUGGGAUGGAUUUAUUUUUUUAUGGGUAUUGCUGUGUAUGUAUAGGUGCAAUACAGUUCCUCUUGAACGUGUAAGAAUGCAGUAAUUAUUUGAAAUUUAAUAUGUUCAUUACCAUUAAAGUUACGCUCUUCUUAUCUAGACAGCGGAAAUGCUACGACGCGAUCACAUCCUACCUGUAUUCAAGUGU